AAUAUCCACCAUUAUACUAUAUAAUAUUUGAGUAGAAAAUGGCCAGGCAAUAUAUUUAGCUUUAUUUGAAAAAUAAAAUCUAUUUUCUGUUAUUAAGUUUUGUUUUAGGUUUCAUAAGUUUGAAAUUGUUCUUUCUCAGAGAUAUAAAUUCAAAGAUAACUUAGAAAGGACUUAUAUAGAAAUAUUAGGAUCCAGAAUAAGGGCUUUUGAAAAAUCUGGUAGAAAUUGGGAACAGAUUAGAUAUAGGAGAUAUAGAAAAAUGAUUUUUCAGGCUUAAGCAUGGGCGACUGGUAGUGCCAUUAACAUUACAACAGCAAAAACAGGUGUCAGAAGGAAGAGAUGAUUUUCAGAGGAUUCUUUUGAACCUUAGUCUUAACUUCGAGAUCAACUUUGUAGCUGGUUGUUAUCUUAGAAGAAAAAUUUCCUAAAAACAUAAAAUAAAAUUUUCUUUGCUUUUGAUUAUUUCCUUUUUAAAAAAUAACUUUCAUUUACUAUUCUCAUUCUUUGAAUGCCAGUUUCUCUAUCUACUAUGGACCAUUUUUAUAGCUGGAGAAGAAUAUUAAAGGGCUCAGAAUAAGUCUCAUAAUCACUAGUUCAAUUCAACUCAGUUUUUUUAAUUUCAACAAAUAUAAAUUUUUCCACUUUUUACAUGGAGAACACAGUUCUCAUUAGUGGCAAAGUUGAAACGGUCUCUUCUCAGAGUUCAAGGUACUCUACGUCACAUGCCUUCUCAGCCUUCUUUUUCUCUAGAUGCUCUCUUUCCCAAAGGUCAGAAUAUUAAUAAAGAUGUAUUAUUAUUAUUAUUAUUACCACUGCUUGCCUAUUAAAAAACUAUUUCCUUACUUCAAAUUCACUUUAUCCACAUGCUCAUUGGAUGAGUUAAGUACUUUCUUUUUGUCCCCAAAUACACAAGUCAACUAAUUGUUGAUUUUUAUUUUGUUAGGAUCUUAGUCCUUCAUAGAAAAGGGCCCCUUACAAUAAAGUAGUAUAAUUGCAAAGAAGACAAAAGUAUCUGAGCCUAAAUAUGAAAUAAUUUCUUUUGGUCAAAUUAAUCAGUACUUUAAAAAAUGCAAGGUUAAUAGGAACUGAUGCUAAUUAGCAGAAAGAUUAAAGGUUUUCUCUAGGACAAUGGACUGCACUCUAAGCAGCCUGUGUUACUUAAUUCAUCUACAGAGAAAUUUUUAGCAAAACUUCAAAUGCAGAUAAUUUGUUUUUUAGAUAAAUUAAGAGGCCAGACACAUGAAGAAUCAUCUCUAAAGGGUCACAAACCUUAUCCCUUUAAUUAUUUAUUUUAAAUUCAUAAUGAAAAGAGCAACUAGGGUUUUUUGACAUUGAAUUGUGCUCAAAGUUGCAAGUAUUUUUGAGAACUUUGGGUGUCAAAUUUUAUAUUUAUUAACAGAAGAAAAGGUAUGUAAAGCCUGAGAGUCCAGGGAUGAUUUCCUGAUAAAAACUGGUCAAUUUGACGAACGGAAUAAUUUGAGUUUGGCCUUUUUUUGAUGUGUAACAAACACAAUUUAGAAGUCAGAACAGAGACUGCAGGGCCCACAAGUGGGCUAAGCAACGCACCAAUCACGGCGCAGCUCCGCCCUAUAUAUACCGCUGGUCGAAGCCGUUCCUUUCUAGUUCGCAUAAAUCUAGUUUCCUACUUCUACUUUUGCCCACGUUGUAUGAUUAUGUCGGAAACAGCGCCUGCCGCUUCUUCUGAACCUGGUUCCACGACGGCUACUGCGCCACCUCCAGUACCUGCAGAGAAGGCGCCCACGAAGAAGGCCAAGAAAGGAGGGCGGCCUAAAGCUGUAGGUCCCCCGGUAUCAGAGCUUAUAACCAAAGCAGUGGCCGCGUCCACUGAACGAAACGGUGUGUCCCUCGCAGCUCUCAAGAAGAUCCUUGCUGCCAGUGGCUAUGAUGUGGAGAAGAACAACAGCCGGAUUAAGUUGGGUUUGAAGAGCUUAGUAAGCAAAGGCACCUUGGUGCAGACCAAAGGCACUGGGGCUUCCGGCUCCUUCAGGCUCAACAAGAAAGUGUCUUCAGGUGAAACCAAGAGCAAGGCCAAAAAGUCACCUUCGGUUAAAGCUAAGAAGCCUGCUGCUAAGAAACCUAAGAAAGCUCCUGGGUCAGCAACUGUCAAGAGCGUGAAAACUCCAAAAAAAGCAAAGAAACCCGCAGUGGUUGGAGCCAAAAAAACAGUCAAGAGUCCCAAGACCAGUAAAGCAGCCAAGCCCAAGAAAGUAAUCAAGAGUCCAGCUAAGACCAAGGCAGUGAAACCUAAGGCUAAGGUUGCUAAGUCAAAAGCUGUUAAACCUAAGAAGGUGUUGCCCAAAAAGAAAUAAAUUAGCUGUCAAAUUCUUUCUAGAAACCCCCAAAGGCUCUUUUAAGAGCCACCAUCAGGCAUCUUACGGAGAGCUGCUUAGCACUUACUGGGAAAGAAACUUGCCUCUGAAAAUGGGCUGCUAAAAGCAUUUUUACUUGCUUGGUGUGACCAAAAUUUAGUAUUUUGGUAUUUUCUGCCUUAUGGAUGGGUUGGAAGUUUUGAACUUUGAAAUUCUAAUCUUUUCACUACUAAAAUUUCACUACAAAGUUGUUUUUUGUUGGGUGGUUGUUAGGUACUGGUUAUAAGCAAAUCAACUGAGUAGUGCUUGCUUGAGACAAUCUUGAAGUCUAUCCAACUAUAAUAAGCUACUUGUGACUUGACAUCUGCAGCUUAUUUUUCUAAAGUGCAGUACUGAAGAUUGCAAACUGCCGAUUUUAGCAAUCUGGUUCCUCUAGGAUUUAAAGAACUUGCAACUGAUUAUUCAGGCCUACUUCAAAAAGCAUGAAAGACUUGAAGUCAGAGUGAUUACCUAGUUACAAAUUCUGUUUAGUGACAACUUAAAUUUGUUUUGUUUCUGCUUUGUAGAAGACCCUGUCAUUUGAUUUUUUUUUUUUUUUCAUUGUUCUACAUAUACAGAACUAAGAGGAAUUAGCUUUAUUUGGAGAGCCCACGAUUGAUGUGUACUAAUAUUCCUAGGUUAUUAGGUCAAGAAAAUUCAAAUUACUGAGAAAAUGUGGGAAAGUUUGUGUGUUUUGGAGUGGCAUCCACUCAAGGUGAAAUCAGUUGUAACUGGAAGAGUUACUAUCUAGUGGUACAAUCCCAAUUUACAGGUUAAACUACAAAUUAAAUACUACAAAUAUUUUAAAAGUAUGUUCUGUGUGCUAGGUACAGGGGGGAAGGAAGAUGGAGAGUUCACUUUACUGCUUUUUAGUUAUUGGCAAUUUAAAAAAUUCUAAUCUUUAGUCUUUAUUUCUGUAAAGAGUGCUUUACACUCACACAAUUCCUUUGUGUAGGUAGAGUCACACAUUUUAUAUAUUGAUGAUUUGAAAUUGAAUUUUUCUAUUUUGUUUAGUUUUGUUGGUAAUUUUCAGAAAAUAUAAUUUACAUGGGUUCUUGCUAUUUGAUGGAAGAUAUUUGACUUAAGUUUGUAGGGUUUUUUAAAUAAAAUGUUACUGCAUAAAGUAAUGUUUAUUUUCUCUGUAUUUCAUAUGCUUUUAAAAUGUGUUAUUGUGUAGCUAGAUCUGUUAAGUAAUCGUGGUAGCAACAGAUAACCAUUUUACCCUGAAUUUACUGGAAAUUGUGUUUUUCCAUCACAUUCAAAUUCUUGGUUUUAGAUAGACUACUUGCCAUACCAAGUAUAAAAGAUGGCUUUGGCUUCCCCAAGAACCAAUGAAAUCACAAAUCUAUAUUCCCUUCCCCUCCCCCCAUAGUAAAAUGAAUGUUUAAAAAUGUCUAUGUGCCCUCAAAUAUUUGUGUGUACAAAUAUGUAUAAUGCGCAUGUAAUAUGAUCUAUUUUGUUUAGUUUUCCUAAUAUCAAACCAACCCUUCAUUCUUCUUAUAGAUCCAAUGUUUCAUGGUAUAUAAUCUCCUUAUUAUGUUGUAUUAUAUAUGAUCUUUGCUAUACGAUAUUUUUGCACCAAUAGAAAUAUUGGUGUUUGGCAGAGGUUCUUAUAUUAGGAUACAUAAUCUUAUUUUGGUAAUAGUAUUAAUGUGUUUUGAUUCCUUGCAAUCUUAUACAUUUUAUUUUAUGCAUUUAAAAACUUGAGAAAGGAACCUUAGAUUUCACCAUACUACUGUCAAUGGCAUGACAAAAAAGUUUAAGAAAUCCUGGACUAUAUUUAUUUUCUUUUGUUUUAUCUCUCCCUUAAGCAUCAAAACUACAUUUAUUUAAUGGAAUCCUGCUUUUAAAUUCAACUGGUCAUGGUAAGUAAUUUUUCUUUGGAGAGUUUAUUUAUGGCUUGUUCAAUUCUCUCUCUCUCAUGGGUUACUUAGAUUAUUUUUUCUUCUGGGUAUUUUAUAUUAUUGUAAAUAUUUGUCAUUUGUGUUAGUGUAUAAUUUGUAAAUGUUUUUUGUAAUAGUUUUAAACCCAUUUUAUAAUUUUAGUUAUCCAAAAUUGUGGGAUUAAAAAGUUUUAUGAUUUUAAGUUAUUUCUAUUUUGUGUCAAGUUUUUAUUAUAACUAUAUUUUUUGAAGUACAUUCUCUUUUAUGGAUGAAAACUAAUCCCAGGAUCAUAUUUACUAGUUGUAUGAACCCAGGUCUUUUAAGUCAUUUAACUUUUGUUUGCCUCAGUUCUUCAGCUAUAAAUUGGAUAAUUGCACCUACCUUGUGAGAAUCAAAUGAGAUAAUUUGUAAGCAGUUUAUAAACUUUAAAGAGCUAUAUAAAUUCUAUGUAUGAUUCUUAUGUUCUUUAUUGAUAAUAUUUUUAUUGUAACAGCAAAUUUAUAUAGUCUAGAGUAAUUAAUAUUUUUUUAAUUUCUUACAAUGAAUUUUGGUAAAAAUUCUUUAUAUAGCUGAGUAUGAUUUUCUAAUCCUUAGUGUGCAGAGCUAACCCUUCUACAAUUCUAUUCAGAUUCUUAACUUUUAAAAAUGUCCUAGGUCUGAAAGGAUGUAUAAAGUUUAUCUUUUAUAUGAGCUUUUUAUUUCUCCCUCUUGAGAGGGAAUAAUUCUAUCUUUAUCCAUGUGUCUUAAGACUUCAGCAGUGGGGAAGAGGAUGUCUCUUUUAACCCUAUCUAUGCUCAAAGAAAAGAAAGGAAACAUUUAUUUAAUGUUUAUAAGCACUAGUAUUUCAUUUUUCUCUUUUUAUCUUGCUAACAACCCUGCACAGUACAUGAUAUAAUUCCUAUUUUAUAGUUGAGGAAAAUGAGGCAAACAGAUUAAGUGACUUGACUAGAGUAACACAGUUAACUUGUCUAAAUCCAAAUUUGAAGUUUCCAAAUUCCAGGUCCAGCACUAUAUCCACUGUGUCUCCAUCUUCCUCAGUGAUAUCUUGGAGUACAGCAUGUGCAGUGAAAAACAUUAUGCCCAAGAAUGUUAAAUCCAGAAAAUCCAGAUGCAGAAUGAAGGUAAGCUGUAGAGAGGAGCAUUUCAGUAAAGGCUAUUUCAGUAAAACCCUUUUCUUUGCCCUACUUCUGUUUUCAAGUAGACUAUUGAAAAUACAUCCCUCAGUGGAGGUUUGUGAGUUGUGAAUGUGGUAUUACAGAAUCCCUUGAAUUUAGUGAAGUAUUCUAGGCAUGACUUUGCCUAUAAGUGAAAUUUUAAGGGGUUAAGUUCAGAGGGGUGCUAUCAAGACUUUGUUUUCUCUUGACACAUAAUGUUCCCAAAAUUAUAAAAUGUGAUUUUUAAUUGUUCUUUGGGAAUUUCAAAGAGGGCAUAUGAGGAAUUUCAGUGAACAUCACCAAACCCUAAAGCUUUUUUUUUUUUUUUUUUUACCUGUGUUUCCCUUUGAUUUUGGCCUUGGACUUGUGUUCUAUUAUCAAUGCCCAAGAAUAAAAAGAAAUAGCAUGAGAGUGAACAAGUUCUAUUUCUAAGAUUACAUAUCUGGGUUCUUGACAUUUCUUAUUUUUCUCUACUUCUCUACUUACUUUUUCUUCUACUGUAUUGUACCCAUUCUUUCCAUGUAGUAAUUACUUACAUAUGAUGAGAAAAGUAUACAAUUAUUUAUUGCAAUUAUAAGAAAUUUCAGGAUUCAAAUUACACUUAAGUCAUAUACAUUUGAAGUAAAUCACAAGUAUACUUUAACAUUAUUCAGCUUGGCACAAAUUAAAAAUCUUUUAAAAAGUUUACAGCCCUUUCCAGGUGCUUCUCCCUGUAUUCAAUGUUCUUUUCUAGCUCUGCUUUUAGGUCAUCGGGAGAUGUGGAAGGAUAGAAAACCCUAGUAAUAUGGAUAGUUAAGAAAAUCCAGAAUUACAAGAAUUUGUCACUUUGUCUGUAAACAUGAUGGAGAUGACUACUUUUACUAUGUAGAGAAACAAGUCAAAUUAACAUUUGAAGGAAAAUUUUUUUUCUAAUUAUGUAUUCACUAUGUAUAACCUUCAUAUUAAACAUAAACAAUUACAAAAAGAGAGUUCCCAGUGCAAAUGACCAGUAUAGGUUACCCUAACUUUAACAAACAUUAAGUGGCUAUUGUAUGUUACUUUUGCAAAGAUAAAAAAUAUAGUUCCUCAAAGAGUUUAUAUUUUAAUUUACUUAGUAUCUAGAAGAUGUAUACAGUUAAGUAAAUGCAAUGUAUAUACAAAGUCAUUUUAAGAGGGAGAGAAUAUUAUCUAAUUAGACAAAUCGAGAAAGUAUUUAUAUAUGAGGUAGCAUCCGAGUGCUUGGAGAUGUUAGAAGCCUUGCUGAAGGCAGAGAGGGAUGAGGGAGUGCAUUGUAGAUAGGGGGCACAACCUAUAUAAAGGCACCUAGAUGGUAGCCAUAAUUAUGCCAUGUACAUUUUUUAGUUGGGCAUUUUGACUAGAAUGGAGAAUGCCUGAGAGAAAUAAAAAGACUAGAAAUGAUAACUAAAAAGUAAUUUGUAAAAGUUAAUUAAUGAAUAAUUUCUUUUGAGACUGAAUAAAUUCUCCAGAGAUUUACUAUUUAUGGCCCAACAUCAUAGUAACUCUUAUCAAAAUUUAGAAAUCCUUUGAAACAGACUCUGCUAAUCUCUUUAUCAAAACUUCAAAUUUCAGGUUUAACCUUAAUCAGUAUCCUAUGUUAUCUUCAGGGACUUGCUACUGAGGGAUAAUAUAAGUCUAAUAUUGUGCAGAUGAGAGUCUGACACCCACUCAGAGUCUGGAUACUUUGAUGUGUAAAAGGUGAAAGGAUGGUGGUGAUAGAUGCAUAGCAUGGAUAUUACUACCUUCCAGGGCUCUUUCCAGUGGGAUUAUAGAGGGAAAAUUGGCAGCUGAGAAUCAGCAGAAUGUCCUGACUCUUACUACUUUUUCCUUCAACUGGGUCAGUUAAUUGAAAAGAAAUGAAAGAAAAGACAUCUCUUACUAGUUGCAAUAGCAUGACCUCUUGUUGCCUUCCUCUUACAAUCACUCCAAGUCAACAUAGCAGUUCUCUUAAAGAUGGUAACAUGGUGAUUUUUUGGGGGAAAAUUAAUCUGCUAGUGUGUGGUACAAGUCUGAUGAGAAUGGAAUUAAGGUAGUUAGGAGAUUAUUGCAAAUAAUCUAGACAUACAGGGAUAUGCUGUAGA